CCUAGCGACCGGCGGUGUCCCGGAAGGCGGGCGCGGCGUGCGGGCGGAACUUCCGGGGCGGUGGUUGCAUCAGCUUUCUGGGCAGCGGCGGCGUGCGGGUGUCUGGCCAUGGCUGGUUCCAGCGGGGAGCAGGCUCUCGACUUCAGGUCCCUGUUGGGCAUUAGGGACGAGGCAGCCAGGGCGUGGGCCCUGAAUGAGCACCUGAGCACGCGUAGCUAUGUCCAGGGCCAUGCGCUGUCCCAGGCGGACGUCGACCUGUUCAGGCAGCUCUCGGCCCCGCCCGCUGACGUGCGGCUCUUCCACGUGGCUCGGUGGUUCAGGCACAUAGAAGCGCUCCUGGGCGGCGCUCGGGACACAGGCCAGCCCUGUGGGCCCCAAGCAAGUAAAGGGCGCCGGGUGCAGCCACAGUGGUCUCCCCCAGCCGGGACCCCACCGUGCAAGCUACGCCUUUACAACAGCCUCACCCGCAGCAAGGACGUGUUCAUACCCCAAGAUGGAAAGAAGGUGUCGUGGUACUGCUGCGGGCCCACUGUCUAUGACGCGUCCCACAUGGGCCACGCCAGGUCCUACAUAUCAUUCGACAUCCUGAGGAGAGUGCUGAGGGAUUAUUUCAAGUUUGACGUCUUCUACUGCAUGAACAUCACUGACAUUGAUGACAAGAUCAUCAGGAGGGCCCGGCAGAACCACCUGGUGGAGCGGUACCUGGAGAAGAGGCCGCAGGCGCCGCAGGUGCUGGCCGACGUCCAUGCCGCCCUGAAGCUGUUCUCGGUGAAGCUGAAUGAGACUGUGGACCCCGACAAGAGGCAGAUGCUGGAGCGCAUGCAGCACGCCGUGACGCUCGCCACAGAGCCGCUCGAGAGCGCCCUGAAGGCCCAGCUCCCCGAGGAGAAGGUCCAGGGCUGCGUGCAGGCUCUGCUGGAGGAGGCCAAGGACCUGCUCUCCGAGUGGCUGGACUCCAUGUUUGGCAGUGAGGUCACUGACAACUCCAUCUUCUCCCAGCUGCCCAAGUUUUGGGAAGGGGAAUUCCACAAGGACAUGGAGGCCCUGAACGUGCUGCCCCCGGACGUCCUGACGCGGGUGAGCGAGUAUGUGCCAGAGAUCAUCGGCUUCGUCCGGAGGAUUGUGGAGAACGGCUACGGGUACGUCUCCAACGGCUCUGUGUACUUCGACACGGUCAAGUUUGCCUCCAGUGAGAAGCACUCCUAUGGGAAGCUGGUGCCCGAGGCCGUUGGGGACCAGAAGGCUCUGCAGGAGGGAGAAGGUGACCUGAGCGUCUCAGCCGACCGCUUGAGCGAGAAGCGCUCAGCCAAUGACUUCGCACUGUGGAAGGCCUCCAAGCCAGGGGAGCCGUCCUGGCCGUGCCCAUGGGGGAAGGGUCGCCCGGGGUGGCACAUCGAGUGCUCCGCCAUGGCCAGCGCUGUGCUAGGAGCGUCGAUGGACAUUCAUGGAGGAGGGUUCGACCUGCGGUUUCCCCAUCACGACAACGAGCUGGCACAGUCGGAGGCGCACUUUGAUAGUGACUGCUGGGUCAGGUACUUCCUGCACACGGGCCACCUGACGAUCGCUGGCUGCAAGAUGUCAAAGUCCCUCAAGAACUUCAUCACCAUCAAAGACGCCUUGAAAAAGCACUCAGCCCGACAGCUGCGGCUGGCCUUCCUCCUGCACUCCUGGAAGGACACGCUGGAUUAUUCCAGCAAUACAAUGGAGUCGGCGCUGCAGUACGAGAAGUUCUUGAAUGAGUUCUUCCUCAACGUGAAGGACCUGCUGCGCGCCCCCGUGGACGUCACCGGGCAGUUUGAGAAGUGGGAGGAGGAGGAGGCCGCCCUGAGCCACAGCUUCUGCGACAGGAAGGCGGCCGUGCACGCGGCGCUCUGUGAUAACGUGGACACGCGCACUGCCAUGGAGGAGAUGCGGGCCCUGGUCACCCAGAGCAAUCUCUACAUGGGCACCCGGAAGGCGGCCCGGAGGAGGCCCAACCGGGGCCUGCUGCAGAGCAUCGCACAGUACCUGACAUACAUGCUGAAGGUCUUCGGAGCCAUAGAGGAGGACAGUGCCCUGGGUUUCCCGGUUGGAGGGCCUGGGAGCAGCCUGGACCUGGAGGCCACGGUGCUGCCCUACCUGCACGUGCUGUCCGAGUUCAGAGAGGGUGUGCGGAGGAUUGCCCGGGAGCAGAAAGUCCCCGAGAUCCUGCAGCUCUGCGAUGCCCUUCGGGACGAGGUCCUGCCCGAGCUUGGGGUGCGGCUGGAAGACCACGAAGGGCUGCCGACAGUGGUGAAGCUGCUGGACAGGGCCACGUUGCUCAAGGAGAAAGAAGACAAGCAAAGGCUGGAAGAGGAGAAGAGGAGGAGGAGGGAGGAGGCCGCCAGGAAGAAGCAGGAGCAAGAGGCGGCUAAGCUGGCCAAGAUGAAGACCCCGCCCAGCGAGAUGUUCCUCUCUGAGAGCGACAAGUACUCCAAGUUUGAUGAAAACGGUCUGCCCACACACGACGCGGAAGGCAAGGAGCUGAGCCGGGGCCAAGCCAAGAAGCUGCGGAAGCUCUUCGAGGCCCAGGAGAAGCUGCACCGCGAGUACCUGCAGACGCUGCAAAGUGGAGGCGCACAGUGAGCG